GACAAAUUUAUAUUAAUUAUCCAGUAAAGUAUUACCAUUGCCCAAUAUACCACAUCGUCUAAUAUAGAUCAUAAAACAACCAAGGUAUAAUUUACGAAAUCUCACAUAAAUCAGAAAGUAUGGUCGCACGCGACAAAGAUGCGCGUACGCAGCCCACAUUGAUAACUCAGUUUAGCCUUCAGUCGGUAAGCGCCCGCGAGAGCGAGCGCACGUCCCCGCGCGCCAAUCCGUAAUCGUUUUUUGAUUCUAGAAAAAAGUGAAUCUAAACAAUAUGUUUCGGAAGUGAUUUAAGGUAAAUGCAGUGUUAAUUUCUACGUACGAAGUUGUAACAGUGCAAAGAGCCUAACAGUGAUACAGCAACGAAUCUGUGAUAAAAACAUUCCAAAAAUGAGACGUUCAAAACUAAACAUCGAUCCUGACCUGGGGGACUUGGAGGAGAUGCUGGCCAACGUGCAAACGCAGCUGGAACAGGAGAUAGACAUGGAGAAGGAGGCGAGGAUGCCCUCGAUAACCAACGUGCAAGAAUCGCCACGGAUGGUCAAACGGACUUCAUCGUUCAAUAGAAUAGAUGGGUAUCGGGGCAAGCCGCCGAAACCUGACUAUAUAUCAAGCAAUUCUUUACAUCUGGAGGAGGAUAGGAAUGAAUACAGUCAGCCUAAUAUUAACGGGCAUUUGAGAGGUUCGCAGUCCAGUCUGAAGUCAGACGAGAGUCUCCAAGGCUCCUUCCAGUCGUUCAGGUCGGAGCCGGUGCAGAGGCUGUCGGUGAUGAGUCUGCCUGAUAAGCGAGGGUCGACAGCAUCGCUGAAUGGGAGGGCGAGGACCGCUACCCUUCCAAGGGGUUAUGGAUCUACUCGGGAGAAGAAUUGGGAGGAUUAUUGGGCGCACGAACAAUCAAUAAGCAGCGCGCGCGCAUCGGUGAUGCUGUACGACGAUGGGCAGAAGCGGUGGGUGCCGUCCGGCACCAGCUCCGGGCUGUCCAAGGUCCACAUCUACCACCACACGCAGCACAACACCUUCAGGGUGGUCGGGAGGAAGCUGAAUGAUCAUGAGGUGGUAAUAAACUGCGGCAUAGUCCGCGGCUUGAAGUACAACCAAGCUACGGCCACGUUCCAUCAGUGGCGUGACGCGCGCCACGUGUACGGGCUCAACUUCUCCUGCCGCGAAGACGCUGACAGCUUCGCGAGGGCGAUGAUGCAUACACUCGAGGUGUUAGCGAACAAGCCGAAUCUGAAUUCCGCGCCGCCGCCGCCGCAGCCGCCGAACCCUCCGGUGCCGUACAACGCGCACAACUACGACGAGGACAUGGGAACAAUGACACGCGAAGACGCUGCGAUGCUCCAACAGCCACAGUACCACGCGCCGCAGCAUCAGCCUCAACAUCAACCUCAACAUCAGCCUCAACAUCAGCCUCAACAUCAGCCUCAACAUCAGCCUCAACAUCAGCCGCAACAUCAGCCUCAACAUCAGCCUCAACAUCAGCCCCAACAUCAGCCUCACCAACAGUACCAUCAGCCGAGCCAGUAUCACGCGCCGCAUCCUCAUCAUCAGGUGCCGCAGCCGACGCCCCCGGCGCCGCCGCCCCACGGCGUGCACCACACGCUGCCGCACCAGCCCAGCCAGCCCACGCCUGGACAUCACCGCACUAACAGCGCGCCGAUGCCGCCCAACAUGUGCCUGUCGGCGGCGAGCGCGGCCGCGCCGCCCGCGCCGCCGCCCGUGCCGCCGCACCAGAACCUGCCCGCGCCCAACAACGGCCCGAUGGCGCCACCGACUCCGCCGGCCGCGCCACAACCGCCGCCUAUGCAGCAACAGCAACAGCAGCCGCCGCCCGCGCCGGCCCCGGCCGCGGGUCCGCCGCCUCCGCCUCCGCCCCCCGCGGCGGCGCCCCCGCCCGCGCCCCCCGCGGCGGUGUGCUCGCCCCCUCCGCCGCCGCCGCCCCCGCAGCCGCCGCAGGUCGAUCCCACGGGACUCGCCGCGCAGUUGCAGCAGGCCAGGUUGAAGAGGCAGGCUAAGCAAGCUUCGAACUCGACGACCCCGGGCGCAGGCGCGGGCGCGGGCGGGUCGGAGGGCGCGUCGCCCCCGGGCGGCGGCGAGCACUCGGGCUCCUCGUCGUCGUCGGGCGCGUCGGGCGCCUCCGCCACCUCGGGCGCGCGCCCCACGCUGCACUGCAUGAUGAACGAGAUGGCGAGGACCCUCGCACGACGCCGCGCGCAUCUCGACCGCGCAGAGGAGUCCUCAACUGACAACUCAGUAACGUCUACGCCGAUGAAGACGUGGGAGCGCAGCGCGACGCUGCCGCACCGGCUGCCCGCCGCCUGCAACGGUAACGCACCAAACUCCGAGUCCCCGGCGCAACAACAGCCACAGUCGCCACGCUCCGUCAGGAAGAGGUUCGGUUCCGCCAGCGAGGAGACUAUACUCAAGCAAGUGAACGGCGGUGGCGAGGGUGUGGGAGUGGGCGUGGGCUUGGGAGUGAGCGGCGCGGAGUGGGAGGCCUUCAAGCAGGACCUCCUGCGGGAGGUGCGCGCGCAGAUCAACCUCAUGAAGCGAGACAUCAUCGACGCGAUGAAAGCGGAGCUGUCGCGCAGGUAAGCCGCCGGCGGCCGCCGAGUGUAUCCUAGUCCACCGCAGUGACGUCACCGGUGACGUCACACGCGCGACCUCGCCUGAGCACUACAGACAGUAUACGUAAGGCAAGAGUGAUAUUUUCAUGACUUGUAUUAUAAUUGUUGGAGAUUACACUUCAAAGCCAGGUUCCGGGAUGAUAAAAUACUUUAUGUCCUUUCUUGGAGUUCAUUUUGUUUUAAAUUUCAUCAAAAUAAGUUUAGUAAUUUACAGAACUGGUCCUAUAGCAUAUGUAAUUUGGUGUAUCAAAAUAUAUGCUAAUCUCAAACCAGGCCUAGUACCAACUCUGAACUAUUAAAACAGUUUGGUAGGUGUAAUAAUCUACAACAUGAUUUAUGACUUAGAUUUGAACCCGUACCAUCUCAAAUAAUAGGUCUGAAAAUAUUGCUCGUUACGCCCAUAACUGCUAGUGUACUUCAAACACUUCAAAUCGAAUAUUCCAAUGUGUAGCCUGAUAAACUAAUUUAAUGUAUUUAUUGCUUUGUUGAAAUAUAGAAUAUAGAAUUUGCGGACAGUGUAAAUUCGUUUUAGUACGAACUUCUUGAGGCUCAGGGUCCGGUGAAGGAGUGAUGAGAAGGCAGACGCCAGUCUAUUAACCUGGAUAGCAAUAGGGUAGGAAAGGGAUGGCGAACUAAUAGCACGGGUGGCAGUAAAUAUUUCGGGCACGAGCAUAUGCUAAACAAAAAUACCUAUCACUAUACCCAACUAGGGUCAUAAAAAAGUCGCUUAAAAGAGACACUUUGAAAGAUAAAACCGGUCCUGGAUGGCUUAGACUCUUUUUAAAAUAAUGGUAUGUUAACCUCAAAAGUUCACCAUCUCUAGGGUAACGUCAGGAGGAAAGAUUAGGUUUCUUUUUAACUGAUCUGUAUAGCGCCGCAAUUUAUGCUCGAUAUAGCGAUAGACUCGCCCCUAUGAUGCGACCAGAUACAAGCGAAGCGAACAUGUGAUUUCUUUUACGUUAAGAGUAAAAGUGAGAUGUUAAUUUUGAUUUACCUUAAGUAUUUACACUGUUUGCAUAUUCUUUACAUAUAAGCGAUAUUGUUUUUGAUGAGCUUUUUAACGCACUGCCAAUAAUUUUGAUAGGCAUUAAUGCUGUACUGAAAGGUUACUGAACAGUGAUGAUUAAUAUUUGCCCUACUCGUUGCAUAUAGUUGGUCUACGGUUAGUAUUUUUGAUCACUGUUCAGUAUUAUAAUUGCUUAGUAUUAUCAAUUCUGAAAGGUCAGUAUUUGACCUAUGCUCACUUUUCAGUACUUAUAAAUCUGACGUUCUAUAUUGUGAUUAGUAUUUGAUAGUACUAAGCAGUGAUCAGUAAUUUUCUAUUAAGAUUUACAUAUAAAUAUUUAUUAUCAGUGUUUCUUGUCAAUUUUUUCAAUAAUUGAACGAGUGAAAGAGAUAAAGCAUUGAUAAAAAUAUUUAUCAGUACAUCACUUGUCAGUAUACAAUAUCCGGAUCAUGUAACUUUUGCUGCCAUUUGUUAAUUGAAAUAUCAUAUGCUAGACUGCUAUGAACAUCUCACCUUACGUAGCUAGCGAAAUUGAUACACCUCUGCCUACCCCUAAGGAAAAGGCGUGACGCUUUCAAUCAGCAAAUGACAGCGCAAAGACCCAAAGUGCUCAGGCAACAAACAUCGCAACAUGUCGCGCGCCAGCGAUCGACACGUGUAACGCACGCAUCAAUAUCGAAGCAUAAGACAAGUUGUGUUUUUUUAAUUUUAUACUUAAAUAAAAAAAUAUUUAUUCGGAUACGUAUGUAUAUGUGUACGUAGUUUUUAAGAUCUCGCAAUUGCAUAUUGUAAUUUGGGUGUUUCUUAUUUAUAUUACGAAGAAGGUAUGACAAUUUGUCUGGUGGAACGAUAUUUAAAAAUCAAACGAAAGGCAUUACUAUGUUUCGGGUCGUAGGGCUGAAAGUCCCUAGUAGUUGACUCUAAAUAGUGUGAAGUUGAAGUCUGUAUUGUCAAUUGUCAACGAAAUAGUUUCACGGACACAAAUGGCCUACACAUAAUGACUGAUUUAACCAAAAAUGGCCUAUCAUCAUUUUGAACAUCAGCAAUUUGAUCAAUAUUAUCGGUGAAUUGCAUUUUUUUAACAGAAUAUAAAGAAGAAACAUUCAACGAAUAUUAAAAGUUAAAACUAUGAUAUAAUGAUCUAGUUUCGCGGUGUAAGAUUAGUAUUAUUGUCUAUCGACAUUACGUCGGUCCGUGCGCAAUCGGAACACCCUGUAUACUCGGGAAGUUACCACCAUGUAUAACGAAGAAAACUCAAAGGUGACAUAUUUUCAUUUUUAUUAAAUAUUGUUUUUUAGAUAGGUAUGGAAAAAUAACAACCUGUAUAAGAUAAUAAAGUAAACACUCUGUAUAAGCAGAAAAAAAAUCAAAGAUAAAUGUGUUUGAGUUUGUCGAUUAAUAAACCCCUUAUCGGAAAUAACAGUAAUCACUCAACUUUACCAAUUUAGUCGUAAAUUCAUGAAAAAAAAAAUACAUUAACAUAAUAUUCUAAAACUAUUUAACGUUAAUUACUAAAAAAUAUUGAAGGUAAAUGAAGUCUGCUGCUCUAGGCAAGCAUGGACUAAGGCCUAAACUUUGUCAGUGAGGAGGCCCGUGCCCAGCAGUGGGACAUGGCUGGUACACGAUUGUGUACGGAUCGAAGCGUACGCUACGAUAUAGCAUAAGAUAUGUAUAUGCGUAUAUAAACUUUGCCGGGUACACAAACUGACUGGACACCCCCAUUUCCAUAUAGAUAAUGUCUUCCAUAACAAUUUGGUAUCAUUUUAUCUGUACAGCUAUUUCUAUGAUUUUCAUAUGAAGUUAAGAUUUUGUAUUUCAUAAUAAGAAAGAAAUAUAAUAUCUAUAUGCAUAAUAUUAAAGUUCAUACUCAAAUACGUUAAAUAUAUAUUAUUACAUUUUGUGUGCUUCUAUUGUUUAAGUACGUGGCACUGUGAGUUUAGUAAUCGAUUCAGCCUAAUUCCGCUUCGAUCCCAUCGAUUUCAAAUUAGUCGAUGUCUACGAUAAGUGUAACGAAUUUUAUCGACUGAUAUAAUAAGUUGCUUCCAUAAUUUAAGGGUGUCCCGCAACGUCGCAGUCUAUUGUAGGCCAAAUUAGAUUAAGUGCUUUAUACAUCGCUUUUGUAUUAAGUACCCCAAAAAUAUCGUGGUGUUGGAUAGGUCUAAAAUUCUACCACGACCUGCCAUUUUGGUAUUUUGAAGAUUGGCUGUUAUGUCGGUAAUUUAUUACAUUUGUACCCAACAUCAGUCCUAUACCACGAUAUAUCGAAACCUGUAGACCCAACAAACAGCCCGGCAAAGUAUACAUUUAAAAAUAACGAAAAAAUUUAAUGUAAAAUUGACUAAAAGUACAUGUUUUAGUAGUACAUCGAUUCAGUUUUAUUUUGGCUUUAACAUUGGAAUUUAAAUUUUAGUUUGAAAGUCCUCUGACAAUAGUAAUUAAGGAUGUUUCUCCGAGCUCUUACUAAAGUAGUGACGUAUCGAUUAUGAAUCGAUUAUAAAAUCGAUUAUACUUAUUCAUAUAAAGAAAAUAGAAAUGGAAAUAUGAAAGUUUAAAAUAAACAAUUUUGUAGUCGUGUACAAUGUUUAGACGGUUAAUGUAAUCGGAUGUCAUGUAACUAAUGGAGCUCGAUUGUACCCAAACAGUAUUUAGAUUUUUUUUGUCAUAAAAAAAUCAUGAAAUCAUUCCAUUAUAUUGAUUAGGUCUGAUAUGGCCUACUUUUAUUACUAAAAACACCAUUUUUGACAUUGAUAUGUAUGUUUUUUAUAAUAAUUUUUCGAAAAGUCCUUUUUGGAUUGAAAACGAUUUUUUAACAAUUGUAAUUAAUUGGAUUUUGUUUUUAUUUAAGUUCUGGUGCUCAAAAUAAUUUAUUCCAAAAAUUGCGUUUUAGUUAACGCCUGGCGGCUGCAUUUAUGAACGUUUAUAUUUUUUAUUUUCGUUUUCACUUGCCGUUUCUAUGAGCGACGUGAAAUGACGUACAGCCUUGUACGAUGACGUAUAUUUACGUCAUGCAAAUUCUAGCCAAAAAAAAACAUUACUAAAAUGACAUAUUGUCUACAAAGAUUGCAGUGGUUUUGGCAAGACGUCUAUUUACGUCACGAUUCAUAGUAACGGCCAAACAUCAAAUAACGUAAUCGGUGAACGAUUCUAACGAAUAAACUCGAUAUUUAAUGAUAUAUGUUAAAUGUAAGAUAAAUGCUUAGUAUUAAAUGAGACGAUUUAUAAAACUGGACGUUCGCGCAUUACCAAAUUUAAUUUUAAUAUAAUGUAUUGGUCUCAGUUAUGUGUAUCGAUAAGUUUGUAUUUAUGUGAGAUAUAAGAUAUUGUAUUCUGCCUAAUCAUCAGCUGUGACACGAAUGGUGUCAUUAAAUUCGCGCUGUACCAAAAUAUGUAUUGUUGUGUAUUGAAUAAUCGAUUUAUUGUAGACAGCACUAUUAAAAUUAAUCGAUAUAAGUCGAUUAUUUAAAUCGAAGCAAUUUUGUGAUUGUAUGAUUUUUAUAAGUGACAUUUUGUAUUUAAGUUUCUCUUAAGUCGCUUAGAAGCUUUUUUUCUUCGCAAUGAUUUAUUUUCAAGCGACAAUCCAUCUUUGUAUAUAACUUCAACUAACACGAUAACGGUUAAAGAACUAAGUUUUUAGUUAUAGCAGAUAGUAUUGUGCAUUAAAAUAGUCAAAAACAACUGAUGGAUUUGUAUUAUUUUGUGCCAUCUUGAAAUAGAAACGAAAUUUGUUUUUCACCAUUUGUUUGUAUUUUUGUCGAAUUCCUGCAUUUAUUGUUGCUGCUGUGGGUAAAACAUUUUUGAUCUGACUUACGUUCCUAUAUUUAGGGCCUAUUUUUCAAGUUAUUUAAGAAAAUUCAUCAUUUAUACAUUCAUAAUAACUCGGGUUUUGUAAUGUAUAUUCUCAGUUUAUACCAUACGGUCCUUUUUUCAAUAACCUCGUUUGCUCACAGUAGCGACAUCUAUCCACAUCCGCGAACACUACCGCACAUCGCGCCUCCGUGUGAAGCUAGCAUUAGGUUACCAAGUGAUUUCUAUGUAUGUAACAAUUAUAUACCAAUGUAAUGAUUUAUUAGCAGUCAUUUAUUGUAAAUACAAUUUUGGUAACAAAUUAUAUUUUUUUUUGUGAUCGUA